UGUAAAAGGCAAAUCGUGGGCCUCGAUCUAGUUCCUGUCCUCGGCUUCUCUCUGCAAUCGUUUCUUCUCCGUUUGAUAUUUCAAUUCAUUCAUGGCGCGUCUCCUCCGAAUAGGGUUAUCCAUUUCUUCAUGUCCUUGCGCAUCCAUCCGUCCUUUUCUCAUAACCAACAGAACCAGAUCGAAUCUAUCUGGAAAAGGCCAAUUGAUUGACAUAGACCUAGAAUCUGACGGAGAUUUUGAGGUUAUGGAUAUGCGCAGGCUUGAAGAUGUUAUCCAUGGCAUCAUCGUCAAACGUGCUGCACCCGAUUGGCUCCCUUUCCGACCCGGUUCCUCCUAUUGGGUUCCUCCCCGUAAUCGCCCUUCUGGGGUUGUCGAUAUUAUAAGGAAAUUGGCUUCCCCUCUAUCAGAAGAUGAGGCCAUGUCCCUUAGUUCCUCACGAGGUUGGCCCUCAUCCGCUUUCUUCAUUGAAGCAAGUGCUCCAACACAUCCUGUUCUUGAGGGAGGUGAGGUUGAAGUGAAGGUUCAUGUUAAUAGUGACGAUGAAGAUUGAGAUGCGUGUAUACUUAAGUUGCUGGGGACAGACAGACAGACAAUCUUAAUGAGUUUGUUUACAUUGAAAUGGAGUUUUGCAGACCGCUUCAUCUUUGUAUAUACGUAUAACUUCAAAUGUGCGGAAAGGGAAAGCUCUUGAGAUGAGAUAUAUACACCAUUUGUACAGUGAGUAGAGAUGACUGAAGAUGAUAAGAAGAAGUUGCUGACUUUUUCAGUCUACUAUCUAUCCAAAUUCUCAAUUUGCUUUCCUUAUUUCUGUUCUUCUUGGAACAUAUGGACUAUAAUAUGUUAUAUGGUUGGUUGAAUUCAAUAAAAUAAUCAUGUUUCUUUU